GCCACCCUGAGAAAAAAACAAUUGGCUGCUGCUUGUACAACUCUUAUCUGGCAACACACACAACACGGAACCUACUGCUGUCGUCACUGAGGUCAGGUAGACGGAGCGAAGAUGGCGACCGCGUACGAGAGAUACAAUUUGCACACAACCCCAGAGAAAUUCUUCAUUGAGGCCUGCGAUGAGGGGGCUGACGCUGUGCUGGCGAUCGACAGGGUCUCCAAUGAGAUGACCCUCACAGGUAAAAAAGAUGUUCCUCCCUCAGCAGUCACCAGGCCUAUAUGUGGCAUCAUGGGAACCAUUCGCCUGGUAGCAGGGAUGUACCUGAUCGUCAUAACUAGGAAGAGGAACGUGGGCAGCCUCCUCGGCCACGCGGUGUGGAAGGCUGUGGAUUUUGACGUGAUCUCUUAUAAGAAGACAGUGCUGCAUCUUUCAGAGAUUCAGUCUCAGGAGAAUAAGACUUUCCUGUCCAUGCUUAACAAUGUGCUGACUACAGAUGGCUUCUACUUUUGCACUGACUUCGACUUGACACACACUCUUCAACGGCUGGCCAACACUAGCCCUGACUUCCAGGAGAUGAGUCUGCUGGAGAGGGCAGAUCAGAGGUUUGUGUGGAAUGGAAACCUCCUGAGAGAACUGGCUGCGCAGCCAGAGCUUCAUAAGUUUGCGCUUCCUGUUGUCCAUGGAUUCAUCGUUAUGAAGCCAUGUCGUAUAAAUGGGAAGAUCUUUGAGUGGAUCCUCAUAUCCAGGAGAAGCUGUUUCCGGGCCGGUGUCAGAUACUACGUUAGAGGCAUCGACUCUGAAGGCCAUGCUGCUAACUUUGUGGAGACUGAGCAGAUAGUUUUGUACGAGGGAGCAAAGGCUUCAUUUGUACAGACACGAGGCUCCAUGCCUUUUUACUGGAGUCAGAGGCCCAACCUCAAAUACAAACCUAAACCUAUAAUCAGCAAAACCACCAAUCACAUGGAUGGUUUCCAGAGGCAUUUUGAUUCUCAGCUCCUCAUCUAUGGGAAGCAGACUAUUCUAAACCUGGUGAAUCAGAAGGGCUCUGAGAAGCCACUAGAGCAGGCCUUUGCCAAGAUGGUGUCAGGCAUGAACAAUGGUAUGCUCAAUUACAUAGCCUUCGACUUCCACAAAGAGUGCAGCCACAUGAGAUGGGACCGUCUCCAGAUCUUGGUGGAUUCUGUUGCUGAGACACAAGAUGAAUACAGUUACUUCAUGGUGAACUCUGAGGAGAAGACAGUGGCACAGCAGAGAGGAGUCUUCCGCAGUAACUGCAUGGACUGCCUGGACAGGACCAACGUGAUCCAGAGCCUCUUGGCCCGACGCUCCCUACAGUCUCAGCUUCAGAGGAUGGGCGUUCUGAAUGUGGGUCAGAGGAUCGAGGAGCAGGCUGAGUUUGAAAAGAUCUACAAGAAUGCAUGGGCUGACAAUGCCAAUGCAUGCGCUGUACAGUAUGCAGGAACUGGAGCUUUGAAAACAGACUUCACAAGGACAGGGAAGAGGACCAGGUGGGGGCUGCUGAUGGAUGGUUGGAACUCCAUGAUACGCUACUACAAAAACAACUUCUCUGAUGGAUUCAGACAGGAUUCCAUUGAUCUGUUUCUGGGUAACUUUGCUGUCGAUGAGUCGGAUGGACCCACUCCUCUUCGUGUGCAGAAGGACUGGAAGUUCCUCACGCUGCCCAUCAUUAUGCUAGUGGCAUUUUCCAUGUGCAUCGUCUGUCUUCUCAUGGCUGGUGACACGUGGACCGAGACCCUGGCUUAUGUGAUGUUCUGGGGGGCUGCUAGUGCUAUUACAGCCACUAUCAUCCUGUUUAACGGCCAAGACUUUGUGGAUGCCCCCAAACUGGUUCACAAGGAGAAGAUGGACUGAGGAGGGGUGGGUGGGGUGGUUGGGGUUGGUAGGGGGGUGAGGAAUAGAGCUGGGCCCAGCAGGCUGACAUACCUUGUUAUCUUGACUGAUCUCCUGCAUCCAUAUUGCUCUCUAGACAUUCUCAUCCAACACUGUUUAUCUGUCAUUUGUCUUCAACCUGUUUUACCUUAUCCUGUUUUUUUUUUUUUUGCUUUCUUUCUUUACUGUAUCUUUAAGUAGAUUUUUGCUCGUCUGUCAGUGUUGUGUUCCACCAAAAACAUUGUUUCUAUACGAUGACACUACUGCUUAUUUUCUCCUUCACUUACCAUUCUUAAAGGACGAGUGUGUAGGAUUUAGUGGCAUCUAGCAGUGUAGCACUUACUUCACACUCCAGUGUAGGAGAAACUAUGGUGGCAGCAAAACUCACAAAAAAUGCUAAGGCCCUUUCUACAGCAAGUGUUUUAUUUGUGUGUUCUGGGCUACUGGAGGACCCACUCCCUCUGUAGAUAAAACCAGCCUAUUCUAAGGAAACAAAAACACAACAAUUCUUAUUUUCAGGUGAUUAUACACUAAAGAAAAUAUACCUAUUUUUGACAAUAAGUCCUCCUAAAUGUUACACAUAGGACCUUUUUAAAAAUUUAAAUCUGUAAAAAUGUUAUAACAAACAUUUUUCUAUUGAAUUUCAUCACACACCUUUUAGUUAAAGACCCUGCACAUUCACACAAUUGUUUUCAGUUACUCUGGCUGAUCAGACCUCCUGUCAGGUUGAUGUUGUUUGGAGCUAUGCUGGAAAUGACAUGAUGUCACCAAACUCUGCAUACUAAUAAAAUGUAUAAUAACAAUGAAGAUGUCCCAC